UAAGAGGUGCUGCCCCAGAUGUAUGUUAUUGUCCUAAACUAAGUUCUCACGACAGGGAGGGCCAGAAAUUUUGCCCACGAAAGAGCCAAACCACUACAGAACAAAAAUAAUUGGAACAUUUUUCAAAAUUUUAACCACCGCACCGCUGCAGUUCCGUCUCUUCACCGCCAGUCACCGUACCAGAAGUCACCGCCACACUUCUUCCCAUCGAAGCUCUUCCACGAUUCUUCUGGAUCGAUUGAACAUGCAGGGGCAAUGAUCUUCUUAAUGGCUAUUGAUUCACGUAUUUGCCAGGACCCAUCUGGAACUAGACGUCGUCUCCUUUCUACAUUCUGUUUGAUGAAGCGAAGUUCUUAAACCACACGCACCAGGCAAGCUCCGUUUCGCAAUUCCAAAUUUCUCUGCAGGAAGGCGUGUGUGGUACUUCAAUUGGGUGCCUUCUGUGUCUGCUUUUCUUAUUUGUUACGUUAUGUGGUUCUGUAUCUGGGUUAUCGGAGGAUCCAGCUGAGUUUUGGAUUCGGGUCAUAGUCGAUGAUUAUUUUGACGGAAGAAAUCUAGCUCAAUCCUCUGAGUUAACCUGCCCUGUAAUUGCUUCGGAACCUCUUUCUUAGUAAUAGGUUCCGAGGCAAAAAUUGUUCUAUCAGACGCAGGAAUGGAUGUAAAUAGUUCGAAAGAUAUGGGUGGUGAUGACAUGUUGAUUUCAGCAGCUAUAGGUUCUAUUGAAGUUCCAGAAGCGUCCCCUGAUUCACUAAAAAACACGCCAUCUAACAUUGCAAAAUUGGAGGAUGUGAUUGAGCACUGCGUAGGUAGGCAGAAGUAUCUUGCACAGACGAGGAGUCCUUCCGAUGGCGGUGAUGUCCGCUGGUAUUUCUGUAAAGUACCUUUGCUUGGGAAUGAGCUAGCUGCGUCUGUUCCUAAGACUGAAAUUGUAGGGAAGGGUGACUAUUUUCGAUUUGGCAUGAGGGAUUCUCUUGCAAUAGAGGCAUCUUUCUUGCAGAGAGAGGAAGAACUACUUUCUAUUUGGUGGAAAGAGUAUGCAGAAUGUAGCGAAGGGCCAAAAGAAAGAGCUGGCUCUAGUCUGAGGCCUGAUAAACAAAGAAAUGAAUCUACUUCAGAUGUUGCUAAGUUAGUCAAUUUAUAUGACGUUGAAGAAGAGCGGGUUGGUGUCCCUGUCAAAGGUGGACUCUAUGAGGUAGAUUUAGUGAAGAGACAUUGUUUUCCUGUUUAUUGGAAUGCAGAAAAUCGUCGGGUGAUGAGAGGCCAUUGGUUUGCUCGUAAAGGAGGUCUUGACUGGCUUCCACUUCGGGAGGAUGUUGCCGAACAGUUAGAAAUUGCCUAUCGUAGUCGGGUGUGGCGCCGGAGAACAUUUCAGCCGUCUGGACUUUUUGCAUCCCGGGUUGAUUUACAAGGAUUUACCCCAGGACUUCAUGCUCUUUUCACUGGGGAAGAUGAUACUUGGGAGGCCUGGCUGAAUGUUGAUGCUUCUGGUUUUUCUAGUGUUAUUAGCUUGGGUGGCAAUGGAAUUAAGUUAAGGCGCGGCUAUUCCCCGUCUAAUUCCCCCAAACCCACCCAGGAUGAUUUGCGUCAGCAAAGGGAAGAAGAAAUGGAUGAUUACUGUUCACAGGUUCCUGUUCGACAUCUUGUGUUUAUGGUUCAUGGUAUUGGUCAAAGGUUGGAGAAAUCUAAUCUAGUUGACGACGUUGGGAAUUUUCGGCUUAUUACAUCCAGUCUUGGAGAGCGGCACCUCACUUUACACCAACGUAGCACUCAAAGAGUCCUCUUUAUCCCCUGCCAGUGGAGGAAGGGUCUGAAGCUUAGUGGUGAAGCUGCUGUUGAAAAAAUUACUUUAGAUGGAGUGAAGGGUUUGCGUGUCAUGUUGGGUGCGACUGCUCAUGAUGUUUUAUAUUACAUGAGCCCCAUAUAUUGUCAGGACAUCAUCAACUCGGUGUCUAACCAAUUAAAUCGACUUUACAUGAAGUUUCUUAGAAGGAAUCCUGGAUAUGAUGGAAAGGUUUCUAUCUAUGGACAUUCUUUGGGGAGUGUCCUUUCGUAUGAUAUACUCUGCCACCAGGAGAAUCCGUCAUCUCCUUCUCCACGGGAUUUGAUCUAUGGGGAGCACGCUAGAAGUGAAGGGUUAUCGGGGGUGGACAAUCAAUCCUCUGUGCAGAACUCUUGUUUAGAUACGGAGGAUAACUGUUCGACUGCAGUUUAUGGAUGUUCAGAUUUUGUACACAUUGCUAAAGAGGGUGAUGAGAGAAGUAUGCACCAAAUGCAUCUGCAUUUGGAAAAUCCUUCAGUUGUUGUGGAUCCUGUGGCAUCACAUCCAUCUGUGCUCAGUAAUAAACAUGAAAAUCCUUGCAAGGUGGAUGAAUAUGAUAUCAGGCUUCCUCAAAUAAGCAAUGAGCUGGAGGAGUUAAAUAAAAAUGAAAACUGCGACUUAGAGGUUCCUAGUGUGAAUAGAAUUGGUGAGCUGCAAUUUGAGGAUUCAAAUGAUAAAGACGAAGUAAUCAAAUCCCUGAAAGAAGAGGUUGAUUAUCUUAAAAUGAAGUUGGCAGAACUUGAGUUGAUGUCUGCUAAUAGGGAUACUGAUGAAGGAUUGAAUGAAGGAAAUAAGAAAAGUUUAAUAGGUAUGUCCAAGGAGCCUGUGUUAGAAGAGGUACCUCUUGAACAAGAUGAUGGUUCAAAAAGUUUCACUCCUUGUAUAAAGUACAAAAAGCUUGCAUUUAAGGUUGAUACAUUUUUUGCUGUUGGAUCACCUCUUGGCGUCUUUCUUGCACUUCGUAAUAUCCGUAUUGGAAUUGGAAAAGGGCAAGAAUAUUGGGAUGAAGAAAAUAUAAAUGAAGAGAUGCCUGCUUGUCGACAAAUGUUUAACAUUUUCCAUCCAUUUGAUCCUGUAGCAUACAGAGUAGAGCCACUUGUUUGCAAGGAGUGCAUGCUUAAACGACCUGUUAUUAUACCAUUUCAUAGAGGGGGAAGAAGGUUGCAUAUUGGAUUUCGAGAAUUUGCCGAUAACUUGGCUCUUCGUUCUCAGGCAAUGAAGGACAAUCUACACACUUUUGGGGUGAAAGUACUCACAGUUUGCCAAUCUAAAAAAGCAGAUGAUCUAGAAGAAGGAGCGGAAGAUUUUCAAGAAGGAGAACUGAAGUCUUAUGGUGUUGCAAUGAUGGAGAGAUUGACAGGAAGGGAAGAAGGCCGGAUUGAUCACAUGCUUCAAGAUAAAACAUUUGAGCAUCCAUAUCUGCAAGCCCUUAAAUCCCAUACAAACUACUGGAGGGAUCAUGACACUGCUCUUUUCAUAUUGAAACACUUAUAUCGAGAUAUACCUGAAGAUCCUGAUACACCUCCAGAAUAUUCUGAACCCAAUUCAAAAGACUGUUGGUACAAUAAAAAAGAGACUAUUGAAGAGGAGGUUUCUUUAACAUUUUCGGACAAGGCGUUGGUUCGGAGCUUCUCGAGGAAGGCAAAGAAAAUGAUGAAGCAUCAAAGAUAGACAUUGAGUGCAACAAAAGGCAAUGUCAUCUUCUAUAUGGCCUUGUGACAGCUACAACUUCCAAGGUUAAGCAAACUUGAUCCUGAAGGUGAACAUUCAGGAUCGGUAUGUCAGAAUGAAUAUGCAAAUUCCCCCACUUGAAAAAUGGGAAUGAUUUGUGGUCACUGAAAUCAAAUCUUCUCUCCAUUUCUUCUUUGUACAUAUGAAGAGAACAGACGUGAAUGUAAUAAUUCAGCUCAAAACAUGAAACAUGUAAAUUAGGACCGAAUUCUCUCUCCAUUUCUUCUCUGUACAUAUGAAGAGAAAACAGAUAUGAAUGUAAAAUUUCAGAUCAAAACAUGAAACAUGUAAAUUAUAAAUACGUGUAAAUUUUUAGUUAAAA